CAAGUGCAGACUGCGGGCGGCUAAAGCUAGAGCUAAACGCGCGUAAAUUCCGUUGCUGUCAAGUGAGUUUCUUUUUAAGGUCAUAAAAAUCGUCUGCUACAGAAAACUCGUAAUUCGCUUCGAUCUCUGCACGAGCCAUCAGCCAUGCAAUCGUCUAGUGUCGCUCACGUCACUCGAUCGUUUGUUUACGCAUGUGAGUGAUCUAAAGUAACGCGUGCUGUAAUAAAAACUCGUUCGUAUCACCUUGAGCUUGGAGCGCGCAUAUGAUAAGUUAUAGUUAUUUCCUAUCGAUUUUAUCCGUUUAAAAAUCACUGUGAAUAUUUAAUUAGAGUCAUAAUGCGAAGAGAUUUUGAGGCGUCAGUUGGAAAUGAAUAAUUUAAUGCGAACAUAUGAAGCAUUAUUGUAUAUCAUUUCAUCAUUUUAACUAGUAGCAACAGUUCACAUAAGGCUUUUAAAUCAGAGAAUUCAGUUCCAGUAUCAAACUUACUUCAUUGUAAAAGAAGGAGCACAAUGUUAGCUAGGCAUAUAAGAAGCUUUGGAGCUAGAACAUGUGGUUAUAUAGUUUCAAGUAAAAGAAUACAACAAAAUACUUGUCGAAAUAACUUUACUUCAGUACAAGUUGAUGUGCCUUGGGGAAAAAUUGAUGGAAAAUUAUGGGGUUCUGGUAACAAACAGCCUAUUCUCGCAGUACACGGAUGGAUGGAUAAUGCUGGUAGCUUUGAUCAUAUAGCUCCAUUGAUAGAAAAUCAUCCAAUUUUGGCAAUUGAUUUACCUGGCCAUGGUAAAUCUAGUUGGCUCCCUCGUGGUAUUCCAUACGAUGACAAAAUUUAUAUGAUAGCUCUUAGGACAAUUAUCAAAAAGUUUGGUUGGAGUAAAGUUAAAUUAUUGGGGCACUCAAUGGGUGGAGUCAUGUGUUUUAAUUAUUCGAGACUAUUUCCAGAAGAAGUUCAAUUUGUAGUAGCUCUAGAUAUUCUUGCUUUCUUAAGCAUGAGUCAAGCACAGCAAACUCGACUAUUGGCUUAUGGAAUAGAUAAAUUGAUGGAAUUUGAAAAAAAAAUGACCAGCAAACCACCUACGUAUACAGAAAAUGAAAUCAUUGUUAAUUGGAUUAAGAAAUCUCAAUUUCAAUCAUUGGAUGAACCUGCUGUAAGAAGUUUAAUGAAAAGGGGGUGUGAAAAAACAGAAGAGGGCCAAUUAUUCUAUACUCGUGAUUUUCGUUUAAGUAUACCUGGAUUUGGCCCGACUUAUUCACGAGAAAAUUGUAUGGAAAUGGCUAAAAGUAUUACGAGUCCUUAUAUGGUUGUUAGAGCAGCGGAUGGUCCAUUCACAAAAGAUACAUAUUGGACAAUAAUAGGAGAUGUUCUAAAAAAAUCUAGUCAGGAUUUCCAGUAUGUGAAAGUUGAAGGUACUCAUCAUUUUCAUAUGACUAAUGCCAAAGAGGUAGCUGCUGCAAUAAAUCCAUUUUUAGAUAAACAUAAUAUUAGUUAGCCAAUGGAUACUUUUUUAAUUGUAAAGUAAUUUCCUCAUAUUAGUUGAAAUAUGUUAUUAUUUGUAAUAAAAUGAUAUGAAGUAUUCAAAAACUAUGAAAAAGUAUUUGCUGAGAAACAUUUUUAAUAA